AUGGCAAGCCCAUAUGAGUGGAUGGCUCCCCCGGUUGUUCAACACCCUGCCUGCCCAUGCAAACCCCUCUCCCUCGUUCAAAGGCCGCCAACCCGUGAUCUUGUACGCUGCAAUGCCUGCAGUUUUCCGAUCAGUGGCUUCCGUUACAACUGCGGCUCUUACAACCUCCACCCUUACUGUGCAGGCGUUUCCCCCCAUCUCUACAUUCAACAUCCUCACCUCCCUGGCCGCCCUCACCUCGCCACCCUCAUGUUCUUCCCUCCCUAUCAGAAUGGGCAAUUCACCUGCAACAUCUGCAGAAAUUGGGGUUGCUCUCACUGGCUCUACCGUUGCACCGUCUGCAACGACUUCGACGCUCAUCUAGGUUGUGCGAUGAAUGCGGCGCAGCUUCAAUUUCAAGUUCACCCUCAGUAUUACCUGCCAACGACUCCUGUCUAUCCACGUUAUGAUAGUGGUGGUGGUGGUGGUACCGCAUACCCCUCAACUCCCUCAUCCGAUCCCUGGAAAAAAUUCGGGAAGUGUAUGUGGGUUGUACGGCUGGCAGAGUUAGCCCUUGGUACUGGUGAUUUGGUUGACCUUGGUUCCACCCUCUUUGAUAACAUGGAUUUGCUGUCGGUUGCCGGGAGUCUCCUGAGUUGCUGAACGGCACAGAAUAUUCAGCAGUCCACAUCGAAUACGUUCUACUGUGUUCUCCUCUUAACACUAGUUGAGAGUUGGUGAUAUUUUAGCACGUUGGCUUUAUUUUAAUUAAUCUCUCUCUCUCUCUCUCUUUGGGGUGUCAUCCUCCUUUUGUGGCUGGAUGAUGGUGCCAUUUCGUCCUUUCAAUCACUCCCCCUCUCUUAUGUCGUUUUUCUAUAAAUUGUAUUGUAUAUUUGAUCUUUUUGUUUUGUCUUGUGGCUUGUUAUUGUAACUAGAAACUUCUUGUCUCUAAAUUUCUGUAUUAGGGGACUUCUUGUGCCCAAAUUUUGAUAUAAAUUCUUAGUUUAUGGA